AUGCUGGCGGAGGCACUGGCCUUCAUCGACGAGUGCGACAGCGACGGCAAACCGCGCCAGGCGCGCGCGGCUGAAAAAAACAGCGGUUGCAGCCCAGCAGCACAGCGAAAAGCCUCGAAAUCGAAUAAAACCCAACGUCGAGUGGGUGAUUCGCAGUGCUAUUCCACCCAGCUGCAGCAGCGCAAGAAGGCGGAGCUGCGCGCGCUGAGGGACCAGGCGCUGGAGCUGGAGGAGCAAGUGAAGCUGCUGCUGCAGCGUCGCCAACAGAGACAGAAAACCCGCGCGGAGAAGGAGAAAAGCUCAAAAACCCAGAACGAGGAGGACGACAGCCGCGAGUGGUUUAAAACAGCGGUGGGUGAAUUCCAGCGACGACGAAAGGCCGAGCGCACGAACAGGAAGCUCAAGGAGAUCUGGGCCAACCAGGACAAAGUCAACGCAGCCUUCCGACACUUGGUGCAGCGGCGCUCGCUGCUUUAUGGCAAGGAGUUCGUGUUUGAGGACGAAGAGAACAAGGCCAUUGAAAGCUCCGUGGAGGACCAGACCAUGACCAUCAUCUCGCAGCUGGAGAAGAGUGUCGAGAGUCUCUACUUGGCUUCAGACUCGGUGUUCCCACCGGACCUACCGGCCACUAUUUCGUGCAACACGAGGGUGAAAUGCAGCGGAGACACGAACGGCAACUGCAUCGAGAUCGUCACUACGACGCCCGUGUCGUGUCCACUGCGCAUUGCUGCGGAUGUGCUCUGGAAGGACCUCAACGUCAAAAGCCAGGACCCCGAACGCAUCUACAGCUUCAUCCGCGGACGCAAGCCAGACUCUUUGGAGAAGAACUUUUUGGUGGCACUGCACAAUCCGUCGGGCGUGCUCAAGAUCGACGGCUUCCAGUUCAUGCGCAAGUUCGAGGAGUCCGACCGCGUCGUGGUGAUCAAGCACAACAUCCUGACGCUGCCGCACAUGGGGCUCAAGUUCCGCGACCGCUGCUGGAUCAUCAUCUCGCGGUCGCAAUCCGACCCCGCUCACGCCUCGGUCGCGCGCACGUGCUACCAGCUCUACGCCGAGGGCUCGGAGAACUUUUCGUCGAACGAGGACGUGGUGCACACGCGCGACUACAUCCUCAGCUCGCUCAGUGGUAAAACUGUAGGGGAGACCCAGACCAUGGCAGGCCCAAGGACCCGAGCGGAGACCAAGCGGCAGCGCAGUUCCAGUACGGGGGACGCCGCACAUGGCUCUGACUACAGUGAGCAGCUCUACGCGGCGCUGACGGCCGGCGCGUUGUGGUUCCUGGGCGUGAAGGACAUGGUGCAGCUGCUGGGGACGUGUCGGAUGCUUCGACAUGAUCGGGCUCUGGGUGUCAUGGCGUUGAGCAAUUGCAGUGUCGGGGUGCACUUGUUGCACGGGUGCAAUGGGGACUGGAUGGAUCUAUCACUGGAGAGACAACAAGGCUCAAGUGCUGGGAAUGGAGAAGAGUCGGGCUUCUGGUCGGAGUGCAGGGACCACAGCCACGUCGCCUGGAAGCGCGAGAUCAACAGUCGAUUGAUGGAAGACAAGUCGCCUUUGGACUACUCGCGCGGCCAAGCUGCGCAGGUUUUGUCGCUGGUCGGCAGACUGGAAACGCGUCUCAAGCCGUUCUACAGUCGCGCGUACGUCGCCACUCCGUUUGGGGAGUUCUGUCGCGCGCGGCCAGUGGUGGUGACGUUGCCAGCUCGAGCAGAUAAAGAGGUGACGGAAGAAUGGACUAUGGAGGACGCGCGCGUGGCGCUGAAUUCCAUGUGGGAUCGCCUGGGGGACGACUUUGCAGCGCCCGCGACGGAGUACGUGCACGUGUCGGAGCUGGGGAUGCACUGGGAGAGCAUCAGCGUGGGCAAGCGCGACGCCAAGAAGAAGUGCAAUUUCUGCGACGCGGCCAAGAAGGCUGUGCGCGAGUACCGGCGGGAGGCCAAGUCGCUGAUGGACGAGUUCUCGCGCGUGCUGAAGGCCAAGCAAGUGCAGUGGCGCGCUGAAGGUCUGGACGACGACGAGAUGCACGAGCGCCGCAGCGAGCUCAAGGCCGACAUGUUCCUGGAAGACUCGUACCCCGAUGCCAACGCGGCCGAGAGCACAACCGACGAUAUCCUGGCGCACAUCUGCGAGCACGACAAGUUCCCCGUGGUGCCGUUCGAGGGCAUGGCGAGCGGCCUGGAGCGGAAAAACGACGACAUCUUCAACGCGCUCGCGCUCGAGUGCCAGGACCUGUGCGAAACCUUCUACCAGCCGCUGAAGCAGAGCCUGGCCGCCGUCGUGGCCUUCAGCGGGCAGCGAGUGCACCGGCCGUGGAUGGACACGGGCGAGGACGCCGCCAGCAUCCGCCGCGAGCUCAUUGCCGGGGUUACAUCCAACGGGUUCCUGGUAGGCGCGUACGUCAUGAAGGCCGUGGAAGACUACAUGUAG